AGAGACUGUGAGGGUUGACGCAUACAGUGCCCAGUUUAGCAGUUUGCUUGAAUGACCCAGCGGCGCCACAAAGAGGCAGGGGUAGGGCUGUAGACUAGUCUGUCAUCACACCGCGGUACCAGAGUCCGGAGAAAGAAACGCGAAUAGGAGUAAAGACAGUGAGUGUGUCUAGAGAGAAUGGGAAAGGGAGAAGCUGAGCGCAUAGGCCUACAGCAUCAGCAGCAUCUGAAAAAGCAGAGGCAAACGCACGGUGUGUCAUAUUCCUGCGUAUAACAGAGGAGGAUGGAGACUUUCCCGUUGCGCCAGAGAUCUGGACUGAUAAGAUUAUAUGUUUGUGGAUAGCCUACCAAUAGGAAAAGGUGUUUUCUGGAGGUUUGAGUACAGCGAAGGUCCAUCACCUUCAACUGCCCCGUCAAUCUAAUUUCAAGGAGCCACAUCAUAAGAAAUUACCUGGAGACCUGGCAUUUUGGAGGAUAUGAUCGGUUUUGUUGUUAAAUUCAUGUAGCAAAACAAAAAACAAAACAAGGUUUUAUCAUUUGUAUGUUUACCAGUAUGAUGAACUCUUUUUUUGAUUCUCCGCCUGCUGCUAUGAUUGCUACAAUUCCUGUCAGCGGUAUGUCCACUGCUGGGACGGGCGCUGUAACCAGUGCGCUUCGAAAUGAUUUGGGGUCCAAUAUUCAUGUCCUGAAGACACUGAACCUGCGGUUUCGCUGUUUUCUUGCCAAAGUUCAUGAAUUAGAGCGGAGAAACAAAUUAUUAGAGAACCAACUGCAGCAAGCCUUGGAGCAACAACGAUACCAAGUAUACACUCGUGAAGUAGCUGUCCAAACCGACUCUCCUGAAUCCCGACUGCCUGGUACCAUUUGGAGUUUCACACACGUGAGAAGACACGGAGAGCGCUAUGAGACUCUCCAGGGCCCUGGUGUAUCCUGGAAUCAUCCGGACGGUGUUGGGGUCCAAAUCGAUACCAUCACCCCAGAAAUAAGAGCUCUGUAUAAUGUGUUGGCUAAAGUCAAACGAGAGAGAGACGAAUACAAGAGAAAAUGGGAAGAGGAGCUAAACAGACGAGAGCAGCUGGAGUCCUUGGUGGAAUCCAUGCAGGAGAGUGCCCAGGAGUCAGAGGAGAUCCAGGAUGAACUGAAUGAGAAGGUGGAGAGGCUGAAGGCUGAGCUGCUGGUCUUUAAGAGCCUUAUGAGCGAUGGUGGUCGACAUCUGAGAUCCAAAUAUGUCAGGAGAUCUCAAUAUGUCAAUAUGGAUCUGAAUAUGAAACAAAUGUCCAACAUGGACACUAAGAUCCAGGAGAAAGCCAUGCGGGUGGACAUGGACAUCUGCCGGCGCAUCGACAUCACCGCCAAACUGUGUGACGUGGCUCAGCAGUGCAACUCAGAGGACAUGUCCAAGGUGUUCAACGUCAGCCCGGCCAGGUCGCUCCCAGAGAUGAGUGCCAUGGCGUGCUGCAGGAAGAAGGAGUGCAGGCCUGUGUCUGACGAGGACAGCUCUGAGAUGGAUGCAGACCCCAGCACCAGUACCUCAGAGGAGGAGGUCCCGCUCAACGUUACUGACGAAAUGAAACGCAUGCUCAACCAGCUAAAUUGUUCAGAUGAUAAUUUUGUUGCCAGGAGGGAGACGUUUGACAUUGAUGACGACUGUGACAGCCUGACGUGGGAAGAAAAUGACGAGACCCUGUUGCUAUGGGAGGACUUUAACAACUACAACAUACAACCCGGUGCCAUCACCGCGGCAAACUGCACAGCCAACAGCAACACAGAGGAGCCUGUCUCUCAGGAUGGAAGCCUGGGCAGCCUCAUAGAUGAGACAGAAUCACUAUUCAAGACCAGAGAGCAGGAGUACCAUGAGACCAUUGACGCGAUUGAGAUGGAGCUAGCCACAGCGAAGAGUGACAUGAACAGACACCUGCAUGAGUACAUGGAGAUGUGUCGCAUGAAACGUGGUCUGGACGUGCAGAUGGAGACAUGCAGGAGGAUGAUCAAAGGGGGCAGGAACUCUCCCUCCGUCAGUUCGGUGGCUAGCAGCGACUCAGGGAACACUGACGAGAUGCAGGACAAACUACUGGACAAGGAUGGAGAGGCUGAGGUGCCAAUCAGUUGAUAGCCUGGCUCCACCCCCUUCCUCCCCUGUUCACUGACAGCUGCUCACAGAGCUCCACUCUGCUUGGCGGCUGACCCCAGUGUUCUGCUCUGCUUGGCAUCUUUAGCCAAGGGGUACUGGUGGUCCUGACGGUCCUAAUGGUCCUAUGGAUCUGGCCCACUGUCCCAGGCCCGGAACUGGUGCUUAUUGUCUCUGUUCUCACAGGAAUGGAGGGGGACGGGGUUCAUUUGCUUCACAAGGCAAAGGCAGAGGUGGCACAUACAAUAUAGUGUCUGAGCUGUGCUCUUUUCCACAGUGCUGCACAGGAACAUCCAGCAAAACAAUCAACAUGAUCAAACCAGUCAUUCUGGCUCACUAUUAGCAUAGUAUAAACAGUUCCACUGUCACCAUUGUCAUUCUAUUGGCCUGAUGUUGAACAGUCCAUUUGGUGAACAGGGAACAACAUGCACAACAUUAUUCACCAGUGAGAAUAUCUAUCCUUUUGAGUUUUUUAAUAAUCACACAAAAAAAUCACAUUAUGAGCAGUCACACUAUUUUGUACUUGCAUGUUCCCCAUAGAUGCAGAUUGAUCAUUCACAUAUACUGUACAUUCAAAUGUUCAAUUGGGGAUUGCAAUGUUCUCACCAAAGAGUCAAAGCUAAAAAAAAAUCCGUUUGACUGGACUCUCCACUGUUAGCAGUGUUGACUGGGGAAGGAGCACAGCCCUUUGCUGCAAUAAUGCAUUGUUCACAUUCUAUGCAAUUUAGCUAGCCUUAUUUCAGGAUAACCUUUGACCUUCAUUAACCCUCUUUUCCUUCAUGAUUUGCCUUUUUAAGCUGGGCAGGUGUUUUAUAUUUGUCAUUCAGAGUGCUCCUGUGUGUUCUCCAAAGUAGAAGAGCAAUGGGAGGUGCAGAAUUAUCUCAAAAAAGGAAAACUCCCUUGUUUCCUUUGUCAAAGGCACACCUCCUCCCCCUAUCCAUGUUAAUUUAGAGGCCGUAAACAUUUGAAAGGUUAUCCAAAACAAUAUGGAACAAGGUGCCAGCAAACGUGCUGUUUUUGAUUUGUAUUGCCUUAUGCUUAUUACUAUCAUAGUAAGCUUCAGCUAAGUUUAGUAAUUUUCCCUUAAAUGUAUCUAAUUGGUAGAACUAAGUUAUUGAUGGUCCCUUGGGCUACUCUUUGGUAAGUCCAAAGCAGUGGAGGCUGCUGAGGGGAGGAUGGCUCAUAAUAAUGGCUGGAACGGAGCGAAUGGAACGGUAUCAAACACAUGGUCAAACACAUGGAAACCAUGUGUUUGAUGUAUUUGAUACUAUUCCACCUAUUCAGCUCCAGCCAUUACCACAAGCCCAUUCUCUCCAAUUGAGGUGCCACCAACUUCCUGUGGUCCAAAGAGCUUUUGAAAGUUAUUGGUCACCUGUUUGUUCUCUCAGAGAGAGGGUACUGACAUGAUAUAUUACAUAAAACAAUCACAUAAACUGGCAAUACCAUGAACAUUGGUUGAUGAUACAUUCCCUAGAUUAUACACUGAAAAAGUUGGUAUUUAUGAUUUUCUUUUGCCAAUCUUGGAUACUAACCUCAGAUGGUCUCUCAUAACAACUCCCACCCUUCUGUCCAGCAGGGUGCACUGUUCCUAUCAUAUUCCGUUGUCUAAUUGUCAUGUGCCCUGGAUUGGGUUUAUAAUUGUUGGUACAUAGAUAAGAGGGCUGUUGGCAUGUGAUCGAAUACCCCAGAUGCCUUUCUGUUCAUACUGCUGUAUGUAUAAUGAAUUUUGUUGUAUUACAUCCUGUCUAAUUAUUUGAUGUAAUUCAUCAAUUAAAAAAAUUGAUCAAUG